GUCCGCCCAGCCGUGCCUGAAUUUGCGGUUGAGUGCGCCAGGCUGUACGGCUGUAUUAUAUAACUUUAAUGUACUCACGGGUUUAAUGGCGCAAGAGCAGAAUGCGGGAGCGCAGAUCUGUCGAUUUAUUGCGGAUUUAUUCUGACAUUCCCUCCGAGUGAAACGAUUGAUCACUUUUCCCCCUACUGGCGACGUGCGUUAAAAGUUAUCGACAUAUCGGGGAAACGGCGCACACACGGCGGUUCUCACCAGCUCCAUCUAGGUCAGCAACGUUGUUGACUUUUUUCUUUCUUCUUCUUUUUUUUCUGGUAAAAUAGUUGAUUUUCCGGAUUAUGGUUUCCUUCCAAACGGAAUGAAAAGGCAGUGACACUUGGAGCUGACAUUUCACCACGCAACAUUUCUCUUCCGAAGGGCUGUUAUUGAGCGCUCGACUCUGUGGACAUUUGCGUUAUUUCUCCAUUUUUUUUUUUUUUUUUUUUUUUUUUUUUUUUUGUAAACCCAACUUGGACGGACAGAUGACCUAACCGGUGGAGCGCAACCUUUUUUUUUCUUUUAACUGCAGGAUAAAGAAAUGGAUCAGGGUGGACUGAAGCGCAACGGUAAUCGAGACGACAGCCUGACAUUUGGGGAGACAGGAGCCAGACUAAGCAGAGACACAGGUGACACAGCUGGUUCGCUUCUCCAAGCUGCGAUGCACCUGCCCAGCACCGCUCCCCCGACCCAGCCCCCAACCCAGCCCAUGAUGGCCCCGAAUGGCAGGGGAGGAACCAAAGAGCAGGGGGAGCUCGGAGGCCUCUUUGAUCCUCCGCAGCAUCACGUCCUGUGCAAGGGGACGGAGGAGGAUAACGUUAUGAGAAUGCCCAAACAACUACAACACCAGGAUAUUUGUGUAUUCAACAUGGACGACAACUUGCCGCUGUUAAACCAGGGUAUUGGUGAUCUAGACCGGACGUCCACAUCCGUCAUCAACACCUCAGACUUUUCUGUCCUGGGCAAUCUUCCUCUGCCGGACCUGUUUGGCCCACAUGUCAAGCAGGAGGGGGAUUUUCCUCUGCAUAAGGAUGGAGGAGGUUACGGUGGACACACAAGCGCCGGUCCGUGUGAUUUGGAUGGCAGCACCGCUCGUCUAAUCGAGGAUAGUGAGAUUUGGCAGGACCUGGACCUUCCUGUCUCACUACCAGAGAUAAAUGAGUUGGUUUCAGAGGUAGCCCACUUGGAUAACAUCCUGCACGACAGCAGCAGCGACGGUGGGGGACCUGUCCGCAGUUUGCAAAAGGAAACAAAGCCUCUACUGGGCAACGGAGGGAACUGUUCGAAUGUGAACGGCACCGAUCAGCAGCGCGCCUCCAUCCAUCAUCAUCACCAACAGCAGCAGCAGCAGCAGCAGCACCACCUUCUGCACCACCAGCAGCUUCACCAUCCACAGCAGCAGCCCCAGUCACUUCUCUCUAGCGUCAUGAUCAAGGAAGAGAAGGAUCCUGAUGACUCUCACAUCCACAUCCGUACUCCCGGUUUUGUCAAACAGGAGAAGCCGGACAAUGCUCCAUUCUGCGCUUCACAGUGUCUCCAAAACAGCAUGAGCUCCCUCCAUGGAGGAGGAGGAGGGGGAGGAGGCACCAUGUCUUCACCCGUGGGUGUUGGCUACCAAUACAGAGCCACCCCGACCUCCACAGUGGGCCCGCAAGACCAGAAGCCCUUUAGCAUGUACUCGAACCUGCCUCCGCUGGGGGAGAGCUGGGCCAGAGGGGGCAGGUUUGGAGAAUCAUGUGGGCUGCAGAGGAGCGACAACGGACUCCCCUCUGCCCCCACCUUGGCAACUUUUCCCAUCAACUUCUCCAGCUCAUCAUCCAGGACAGGAGAAGCUGGCAGCACUGCAGGUCCAAGCCAGUCAACAAAGCCCAGCGGACCGGCCCAUAAGAUCUGUUUGGUGUGUUCUGAUGAGGCCUCAGGAUGCCACUAUGGGGUCGUUACCUGUGGGAGCUGCAAAGUGUUUUUCAAGAGGGCUGUUGAAGGAUGGAGAGCACGACAAAACACAGAUGGCCAACACAACUACCUCUGCGCAGGGAGAAACGACUGCAUCAUUGACAAGAUCCGCAGGAAGAACUGUCCGGCCUGUCGCUUCAGGAAAUGUCUUCAAGCUGGAAUGAACUUGGAAGCGAGGAAAAACAAGAAGCUGAUUAAGAUAAAAGGGGGGCAGCGGCCCCCUGUAUCACCGGAGCCCAUCACCAACAUGCCGGUCCCUGUCAUCCCCAUGUGCUUGUCCCAGCUUGUUCCCACCAUGCUGUCUGUGCUCAAGGCCAUCGAGCCCGAGAUCAUCUACUCGGGAUAUGACAGCACGCUGCCCGACACCUCCUCGCGACUCAUGACCACUCUGAACAGGCUGGGGGGCCAGCAGGUCAUCUCCGCCGUCAAGUGGGCCAAGUCACUGCCAGGCUUCCGUAACCUGCACCUGGACGAUCAGAUGACUUUGCUGCAGUGCUCCUGGCUCUUCCUCAUGUCCUUCAGUCUGGGCUGGAGGUCGUACGAGCAGUGCAACGGCAGCAUGCUCUGUUUCGCCCCUGACCUCGUCAUCAAUAAAGAGCGUAUGAAGCUGCCCUUCAUGAAUGACCAGUGUGAGCAGAUGCUGAAGAUCUGUAAUGAGUUUGUCAGGCUGCAGGUGUCCUACGAUGAGUACCUGUGCAUGAAGGUCCUGUUACUGCUCAGCACAGUACCUAAAGACGGCCUGAAAAGCCAGGCGGUGUUCGACGAGAUCCGGAUGACGUACAUCAAGGAGCUGGGGAAGGCCAUUGUCAAGAGAGAGGAGAACUCCAGUCAGAACUGGCAGCGUUUCUACCAGCUCACAAAGCUACUAGACUCCAUGCAGGAGAUGGUCGAGGGUCUCCUCCAGAUCUGCUUCUACACGUUUGUGAAUAAAACCCUGAGUGUGGAAUUCCCGGAGAUGCUAGCGGAGAUUAUCACCAACCAGAUACCAAAAUUCAAAGACGGGAGUGUCAAGCCUCUGCUGUUUCAUCAGAAAUGACUGCCUUAAACUGUGAAGCAAUGCCUUAAAUCCUGCCCUACCCCUGUACCUUGAACACCCCCCCCUCCUCCUCCUCCUCCUCCUCCUCCUCCUCCUCCCCUCAGCUUUCACCCUGAACCCUAAGCCUUUGCUGAUCCCACCUCUUAACAUCUGUCUGAUUUGGUCCCCCCCUCCCUUUGGGAAUCCUGCCACACCUCCCCAGGCUUCAGCCAUUCAAGCCUAAUCUAGGAGCACAAGAACUGCGGCCGCCACGCAUUUGAAUCUGCUUCCAGGUUUAGGCACAACACCGAUCUGUAGCCCCCUCUCCUGGGAAGACAAAUUCGGCCUCUGGGGGAAACGCUCUGAAUGUCUUUGGGGCAGGAUGACUCUGGAUUUUGGAUGAUCUUUCGUUUUUAAAGCCCCUCAACCCUCUUAUCUUCUCCGUCCACAGCCUCAGAUGCUGUUCCUUUUAGCGCCUAACUGCCUCUUAUAGUGUCUCACUGCAGUUUUCAUGGACGAAUCAACCCAUAAUUCUCUACAUACGAUCUACCAUCCUGUCCGCCUCAUCCCAUAGCAGUCUGUCGAAGGCGGUUCCAGCCUCCGCUUCCUCCACUCGCCCGCUGCCUCGUCUCCGUUCGCCCUCCCUAGCUCCACCACACAGAGAAAAUGUACUGAGUAUUUGACCUGGUUCUGGUUUCCUGAGGACUAUCGGCAAUGAAGGGGAUAAACAUCAAAACACAGAAGAAUUAGAAACACAAUCACUGACAAUUUUUCAGACCUGGUGGACAAACCGCUGUCAGCUAUGAAUCAUGAAAGGAAUCACAUUAUAAACCAGACCCAUUUGAAUAGAAAAGGUGAGAGGAAGAUUUACUCACACACAUCAGUCAUGCCCACACUGACAAACAUACACAGACACACACAAGUUCAGCCUAAUGUUUACACAGGAUGUAUCUGAGAAGGGAAAACCAGUGCCUUUUAGCUUUUUAAGCUUUUCAUAGCCAUCCACUCUAAGCUGUUUUUGCAAAAGACUCAAACCUUGACAUACUUCCUUUUUUUUUUUUUUUUGUCUGUUUUACCUUUUUCCACCCUGGCAAUUUCUGAUUUCUUUCUAAGCUGCCAUUUUUAUGAUCUUAUUUUGUGUGUUAUUAAUGUGGGCAGCUGUCUCUGUUCUGGUCCCCGGAUGUGACUGUAAAGAGGACAGCCGAUGGUACAGAUUAGAUGCACAUAGCGCUAAUGUUAAUGUUAAUGUAGUCAUAAAAAUUGUCUUGAGAAUCAAGCUUAAAAAUCAGGAAAUAUGUCCCAAUAUGUCCUUACAGCCCUGAAACAUAUUCCAUGUGUAUGUUGUAGUAUCACAUAACUUUAUAACAUCCAAAUGUUUUACUAGCUGCUGAAAACUAAACCCACUCUUUGUCCUAAAUGAACAUGAUGAGUAGUUAUUUUAAUAUCUAGUGACAUACUGACUCAAACUGUGGUUGCAGUUUAGAGGUUAGAUCCAGGAUGCAUCACUAGGAUUGAAAUGUCUUUGUUGAGCCAGACACAACCGUGUAAAAGAGUCUUAAAUAGAAAUAUAUAGCCUACAAACAUCCGACAGAGGUCAUGUGAUGGUAAAUAGCCAUAUGUCAUUCAAGCAAAACUGAACCAUCCUAUUGUUUUCAGCCGCGUUGAUUUGUAACUGUUUUCAUACUGUUUUUUAAUGUUGGUUUAAGAACCUCAACAGGUCGUAUGCUCCUUCCACUGAAAGUCACUGUAAAGUCACAUACUCAUGGAAAUACUGCAUAAAUGAGUACUAGUACUAGUGCUGGGUAUCAACAACGGUUUCAGUAGAAAUUUAGCUUCAAAAUUCAAAAUGAUACUUUUUUCACUUUUUAUCAAAAAGAAAAUGGCACAUUAUGGUACAAAUAUAUAAUUUGAUUUCUCAGCCCCUUUUAACCCUAUAAAACCAUUUGUAUCAUAUUUGCUACACUAGGUUCUGAGACUUUUAUCUCAUCAUCAAGAUCAAUACUUUCCUUAAAAACCUGUUGAAUAUGACCCAAUACAUGUUUUCUUCUCCCUGGUGGAAGGGCUUUUUUUUUUUUUGCCUUUUUUCAAUGUGGCCGCUAUCGUUUAAUCAUCCAGUCACUUUUUGCAGGAAAGUCUGUGAUAAUUUUCAAAAAAAGUUACAUUAAGAACAACAUAUAUAUUGUUUUUUUUAAAUAAGUAAAUCAUGUAUUGAAACAAUGCAUAGUUACUUGAUAAUUGAUUCUUUAUCGUAUAGUUAAAUUGUCUUAAAAAUGUUUGUAUCAAAUUUGAUACUAUAGAUAUAUAAGGUACUUUAUAAAAAUGCCCAAUGUAUCAAAUGUGAUACAAAAAAUAUAUCAUAAACAAAAUGAUAUGGCAAAAUGUUCUGUUUGGAUAGUGUUAAAAUGUCUAAUAAACAUCUCAAUUCCCCCCAAAAUUUAGAAUUUUAUGGCUAAUUUUCGUUAAAGCAGUUUUCCACUUAUUUCUACAUUGACGCUGACACCAGGUAUCUAAGCAUUUCUAUCGGUGUUACAGGUUAAAGUUCAGUACCCAGCUCUCAGUACGACAUCGGUAGGCGACUUUAUCUUAGCCUCAACAUCACAAAAAAAAAAAC